CAUCUCAGCGCCGGCCUGCCCGCCGCGCCGGAUAAAGCCCGCAAAGCAGUCACGGUCUACUGCGAGUAAGCAUUCGGAGCGUACCGCAAUACCCCACAGCCGGGUGGAACCGCUGCCGCGAAUCUCAGCUCCGCUCGGCACGCAAAAGGCAUUGUGUUGGCCUCACCGGGCGCACAGCUGCCGUCGGACGCGUCAAGGGGCUGCCCCUGACUGGUGUGCCACGUCGAACGCCGUCGCGCCGUACGCCAUCGCGCCUACGCCGUCGCGCCUUGCGCCGUAGAAUCGUAGGGAAAAGACCCGCCACGGCCGCGGAGCGCCAUGGGCCUCCUCUCGGCCUUCUUCCGGCGGGACCCGCUGCUGGCGCACUACAAGAUCGGACGACGACUCGGCAAGGGCACCUUCGCGACCGUGAAGGAGGCCACGGAGAAGACGGGCGACAAGAAGAAGUGGGCCGUGAAGAUUAUUGAUAAGAGGGUAUUGGCCCCGGAGGACGAGCAGGCUCUGACCAAAGAAGUCGAGAUCAUGAAGCAACUGGCGGAGCUCCAACACCCGAAUAUUGUUUUUUUGAAGGAGGUGUGUCAGUCGGAAGGUACCUUUUAUAUCGUGCAGGAGCUAUGUGCGGGCGGCGAGUUGUUCGACCGCAUCGUCGAAAAAGAAAAAUACAGCGAAAAGGACGCGCGCAUAGCCAUGAAGCAGAUCGUGAGUGCGGUGGACGCGUGCCAUGAUCUGCGCAUCGUGCAUAGAGACCUCAAACCCGAGAACUUACUGUACCAGGCAAAGACGGGCGAAAACAAGGAUGUCAUCAAGCUGGCCGACUUUGGCCUCGCGAACAUGCUGAAGGCCGACGAAGCGCUGGCUACGGCCUGCGGGACGCCGGGUUACGUCGCGCCGGAAGUGAUCGCGCAGGUCGGCUACGACAAGGAAGUGGAUAUCUGGAGUCUGGGGGUGAUCAUGUACAUCUUACUAUGUGGUUUUCCUCCUUUUUAUUCGGAAAAUAAUCCGCAACUCUUCAGAAUGAUCCAGCGGUGCCAGUAUACCUUUACGCGGCCGUACUGGGAUCAGGUGUCGGAUCAAGCGAAGGACCUCAUUCGAUCAAUGCUCGUAGUAGAUCCGAAGAAGCGAGCCACGUGUAAACAAAUUCUCGAGGACCCCUGGAUGACCGUCGACGAGCCCCAGAAGAAGCCCGAGUUGGAGGGCUUCCAGAAGAACAUGCGGGUCUAUAACGCGAAGCGCAAGUUCAAGGCCGGCGUCAUGGCCUUAGCUGCGAUAUCGGCCAUGCAGCGCGGCGCCGCGGCGACGAAGGCUGCCAAUAAAUUGAAGGAGCGCGUGUCCAAGGGCGACGUCGACGAAUCGGAGGCGCCGGCGCCAGCACCUGAGGGUUAAAGUCAAC